GAACUUGCUGACUGCGCGGCCGGGAGGAGCCGAGCCGGGCGGCGGCAGCGGGAGGCCACAGUGCGCGGGGGUCCCCCGCGUCCCCUACGCCUCGCCGGGAGCUCGCGCCCUCGCCCAGCCGAGCUCCCACCCCCCCCCUUUUUUCCGAAGGCGCUGGGCGGCGCCACCCUCCGGCCGGAGCCCGGCACUGCACAACCCCCUCCGACUUUCAAUGUUCCACACUCCCCGGCCAGAGCCUCCUCGGCUUCUUUUUUUCCCUCCCCCCCCUUUCCCCCCCCCAGCUGCCUCCAUUUCCUUAAGGAAGGGUUUUUUUCUCUCUCCCUCCCCCACAUCGUAGCGGCGCGCGAGCGGGCCGGGCGGGCGGCCGAGUUUUCCAAGAAAUAACUUCACCAAGAUGUCCAGUGAUCGGCAAAGGUCCGAUGAUGAGAGCCCCAGCACCAGCAGUGGUAGUUCAGAUGCGGACCAGCGAGACCCAGCCGCUCCAGAGCCUGAAGAACAAGAAGAAAGAAAACCUUCUGCCACCCAGCAGAAGAAAAACACCAAACUCUCUAGCAAAACCACUGCUAAGUUAUCCACUAGUGCUAAAAGAAUUCAGAAGGAGCUAGCUGAAAUAACCCUUGAUCCUCCUCCUAACUGCAGUGCUGGGCCUAAAGGAGAUAACAUUUAUGAAUGGAGAUCGACUAUACUUGGUCCACCAGGUUCUGUAUAUGAAGGUGGUGUGUUUUUUCUGGAUAUCACAUUUUCAUCUGAUUAUCCAUUUAAGCCACCAAAGGUUACUUUCCGCACCAGAAUCUAUCACUGCAACAUCAAUAGUCAGGGAGUCAUCUGCCUGGACAUCCUUAAAGACAACUGGAGUCCUGCUUUGACUAUUUCAAAGGUUUUGCUGUCAAUUUGUUCUCUUUUGACAGACUGCAACCCUGAUUGGAGUUUACUCUUAAUUGCCAAGAAGGACAUAACUUCCAGAAUUCAUCCUCUUCAAACUUUCCUGUUCACUGGGAUAACGAAGCCAUUUAACAGUGGUGUCAAGAAGCCUCAUCCAGUGGUUGAAGCUUGGUAGAAAACAAGGAAGCAGGCAGGUGUGGAUCCAGUAGACCAGCUGCACUCUGACCUUCCCACUUUCACUAAAGGGAGUGGGGAAGUGGGGAGGCAGAAUUUAAAUUAAAUCGGUACUGAAGCAGAUCUGAUGUGACUGUGACAAUCUUCCAGUGAAUAUUUGUUUAUCUUAAUUUAAAUAGUCACGUGUUAAAAAUGUGAGUGUCAGAUUUACUUCCCCCCAAGGCCACUCAGCUAUGCUUCUCGUAGUCUUUGGAAGGGAUGAAGAGGAAACACAGAGCCACACUUUAAUGAUGGUGCUAGACGUUUGUGAAAGCUAAGUGUAAUCGUAGAAACAUUUUAUUUUAUAUUUUUAUUCCAGAGUAAAUGCAGUGUACUACGGGAGCAGGUUUAGAUAAAUGUUUCGUGAUAUGCCAAAAAGGUUACACAUACAUUUGCUUAAAGAAACUCUCCCUCUGGAUUUAAUAAAAUUCUAGCCACAAAGAGGUACAAAAUUUAACUCACGGGAUGUAAUGAAAAACCUAGAAAACUUACUUCCCACACAUUUUCCUUCCCUUCCCUCC